ACCCUCCCAAAAAAAUACAUCGAGUUCCGCGCCAUUCGGCAGCAGGAGGCGCGCUGCGCGAAAGCUGAAUCAGAACAAAACGAGGUUUAAAGAGAGGACGGGGUAGUGUAUGGUUGCCGCGUCGGCAGACGAUAACACUCGGCGCGCUAUCGAACGCGGCAGCCUCACCGUUGUAGAGAAAACGCUGGAAGAAACGAAAGAGUUGGUCAAAAGUAAGAAAAUUGUGGAAGAGAGCCAGGCUCAACCUCGCUGCCGCCGCCGCCGCUGCUGCUGCUGCUGUGUCUGCGUGGCUUAACCACCCGGCUGCUGCUCGGGUGUGUCAUGAGGCAUGUGUUCUAGAGUGGGAUCGUGCAAAGGUGUUGUGUUGUGUCCCACAGCAGGGCACAUCAGAGCACGCACACGAGCGGCGCCCUCGCGCGUGCGCGUCAGGUGUUUUUAGGGAGCUUUCGGACCGUUCCGUGCAAUUUUUUUGGUCAGUCGAUUUUCCAUCAGGAAGAUCCGAGGUCACUUU